UUCAGAUUGGUGUCGUGGUCUGGGUUGUGGCUGCAGUCCAGGACUCGGGUGGUUCUGAUUGGCAGUGGGGAGGACGUUAACGAGCUCUUCCAACACUCAGCUCUUCGCAAUUCUCUUCACGUCCUCUACAUCACACGUCGUUUUUUCACGUCAUACGAUGCGAGAAAGACGACAAAAAACAUAGGUAAGCGCCGCGCCGUGGAGGUGUACAGUCGGUGCCUUUACUGCACGGCGCAGGAAGCCAGACCACGGUUACUUCACCAGUGGGACUUGGAAGACGGCAUAUCUAAGAACGUUGAAUUGUUUAAUGGUGAUGCAGAGGACUUCAAAGGCUUCAAGUUGAUCGUUAUUUCGAUGCCUUAUUUUCCGUACAUAAACUACAAGUAUGUCCAAAGUGCUAACGGCCCGAUAGUACUCUACCUUGAGGACUCUCUCAACACUCACAUGCUUAACACUCUUGCUCGGCAUAUGAACUUUACGUACGAGCUGCGGCAUGCGUCUGACGGGAAAUUCGGAACGCCGGCGGAAGGCGGUAACUGGACAGGCGUGGUGGGCACUCUGCAGCACGAGAUGGCAGAUUUCUCCAUGGACCUGACAGUGACGCCCCAGAGAGCAGAGGUGGUGGAAUACUCAAGGGCAUACAUUGAUGAGUCCCUUGUGAUUCUGUCGUCCAAACCAAAACCCUUGCCUGAGUACUUGUCUGUUGUCAGACCUCUUGAAGGCGAGGUGUGGGGAGCAAUUGUGAUGUGCGUCAUGAUCUGGGGCUCAGUGCUGUGGGUGAUGGAGAGACUGUCGCACUGGAUAAGUGGACGGCGCUACCUCAGCUUCACGUCCUCAAUCUUCUACGGCUGGGGGCUUCUGCUGGAGGACCACCCCUUCGAGCCCCCUCCCAGCCCGGCGAGCCAAAUGCUUGUUGGCUGGUGGCUGCUCGUGUACCUCAUCUUAUCGACAGCCUACAGAAGCUCACUCAUCUCUCACUUGGUGGUGGAGAGCAAGUCCUCGGUCGUCAACAGCAUGGAGGAGCUGGCAGAGCGGGGUGUGACGCAGGGGUGGGUGUGGGGCGUGCCUGGAUCUCCGAUGACUGGUGUUUUUAGACCGUUCUUUGCCUCCAGUUCCAAUCACGCAAUACUCAAAAUUUACGAGCUCAUUAAGAUCAUCGAGAAAGAAGAAGGAAUGAUGAGAGUUUUGGAGGGCAACUUCGCGUACAUCGAUAACUAUUACUUCAUCAAAACACUGGUGUCCACGUACUACACAGACAGGACAGGCUACACUCCUGUCCACAUCAGCACCACCCGCUACCCGCUGUUCGGUGGCAACGCGUGGGCAUUCCGCAAGGGGGCGCCUUUCCGAGCACGCAUCAACAACGGCAUCCAGCGGUUUUUGGACGCGGGGCUGGUGGCGCUGUGGAUGGACGAAGUCAUCAUCAACCAUGUGAGGAAGGAGCGCCAGGCUUUGCAGGAGCGAGGCGAUGGGCCACAGCUUGCUCUCGUCAAGCCCAGUGACAACCAGGUGGUGCUCGGCCUCAGUCACCUGCAGGGAACAUUCUACACUCUCAUCUUGGGACACACUCUGGCUUCGCUUUCCUUCUUCGCUGAGAUUAUACUGAGGCGCCGCUGAUGACAACACAGACUGCUGGCGAACGCAGGACAGUGAACAGAAUGUGUUUGUCGUUAGUUUUGUACAUUAACUAAAGAAUGUUAUGAACCCCUGGUGUAAUGAACCUGUGAAAAAUUAUUCUCUCUAAAUGAACACAAAGAAUCAUAGCCCAUAAGUAUUUAAGCUGCACACACACACACACACACACACACACACACACACACACACACACACACACACACACACACACACACACA